UUAACUUUACACUGCUAGAAAACGUAACCACGAUGACAACUUUAAACACGAAGCGGAUUUGACAUGCGUAAAAUUCCUUAUGUUUGCGAUUAAAACGUUUAUUUACUCUCGUCUCGCUGGGUGUCCUACUGUUUAGGUCUUUCAUGUAGCACUACGUCAUGCUAAGCGGCUAGUGCGGGAUGCUAAGCGGCUAACUAGCGUGAUCCGUGGCUGGCUGCUGCUGUUGUUUACAUCCGAGAAUGAUGGGCCUGUCCGGGUAGGUGUGUUAGCCAACCCCCCGCCUGUGGUACCCGAGUUUCAGAGGCAAAGGGGGUCCCAAAAUCCGCAGUUUAGCCUUGGAGGGAGGCAACCAUCCGAGAUCCACUGCCUUUUUUGGGUGAUGGAUGUGUCCUCCAGGGGGCUCCCUCCACGGCUCAUGGACCUGUCAAAGGGCUUCUCAGUGGGUCGUUUACCCCACGGCCACGCUCAGCCUCUGGAUAUGACCAAGAAACCUGAGUGGUACCACCGCCAGCCCCAGAGCUGUGGUCCAGACCUGUCCUCUCCCUACAGAACCAGCUCUUUGCGCCCGGACUUGAACCAGGAUGCUACAAACUACAUGAACUCUUCUCUCACUCCUGGUCUGGAUUUGUAUCACGACCAAGUCCGCAACAACUUAUGGCAUAGUGGAUUUUACGACGCAAGCGGCAAUGCAGGCCCCGAAAGCAGCGGAGUUGAGGAAGAAGAAGAAGAAGAGGAGGAAGAGGACAGCGAUAGUGAUUCUGAUGUUAUAUUUUUGGUUUCGUCCGCUAAAGAACCUCUCCUAUGCACAACCUUUAUACAGGACAAUGUAACGCACAUAGUAGAGCCACUGUCCCCCUCCUCACUAAAUGACAGGAGAAGCUGCUAUGAUCUACCUCAAACUUCCCCCAGUCGUGAUAGCUCCUACUCAGAGGAGUCUUCAGAUAGUUCAGUUGACAUCCCAAUCCACCAUGCCCGCCCUAUUGUCGUCCUAUCCGACCUCAGUGCAGUGUACGGCGACCAAUCGCUAGCCGACGCUUCCAGCGACGACAGCGACGUUAGCGAAGUUAGCAAGAAGAAAUUUGGCAAAAGCAUAAAUGAAAAAAUGCAAACUAGAUCAAAAGUGCAACACAGUUGUAGACCUGGAAAAACGUCAUGCGACACUCCUCCGUCAACUCUGCGACGAAGUUUGAGACGCCAAGUGAAAAAUAAUGCAAUAGGGCUUUAUAAUGAAAGUUACGAUUCAGAUGAUGUUUUGGAUUUCGUAGCGAGGGUUUCCAGUUCAGACGAAUCACUUCCUCAACAUAAAAAUGCACAAAGAAUGAGUAGUAGUAAAGAAAGUAAGUCCAAUAAAGAUGUGACAACUCAAGACGAUCCUCCAUCAGAAAGAGAAGAGCCGCCACCAUGCAAAUCAGGGGACACAAAACGUAUUGAUAAUAAUAGGAGGGGAAAGAUAGCGAAGAAGUUAUGUGUGGCAAAGCAAAACUGUAAAGAACCAAUAGCGAAAAGUCAAAUUAGAACGACAAUUAAAAAACGCAAGAGAAAAAAAAAAUUCAAACAAAAUAGUUCCUCGUCGUUGUUCACGAUUGACCCAGAAAUCGCACUGAAAUAUGCAUACAGGAAGAAAAGGGAGCCAAAAUUUGACAGUUUUUCACCAUUCAUUCAUAUAGAAAAGCAAACAUGCACCGUGGUCAACUAUCAUGACGAGGAGGUCGCUCAGAAAAGGCCAGUGCCGAGCCAAAACGUGUCGGGAUUCGUACCCACAACCUCCUGUUACAACCUUGGUCGCGUUAACCCCGAUUCAAAGCGUACUGAGCACCUGAAGUGCUGUUUAUGUGGUCAAACGGCUAACGCUAAGAUGCUAGGUGAUCUACACGGGCCGUACUAUCCCGCUUUUUCGGAUGGGCAAAAUACAAGGACAAUGCAAAAUGGACAUGCGGAAGAAGAGGGAAGUGAAUUACAAAAUAAAAGCCUAAAGGAGGAGGAAACACUUGUGAAUGGGACUCUUAAUUUGGAGGAGUGCUGGAUGCAUGAGGAUUGUGGGGUGUGGUCGACUGGAGUUUUUUUGGUCAGAGGGAAGUUGUACGGGUUAAAGGAGGCGGCGCUACUUGCUCAACAAACAACAUGUUGGUUGUGCCAGGAGAGCGGUGCGAUCGUGGGCUGUUUUCAGAAAGGCUGCUGUAGAAGCUUCCAUGUCUCCUGUGCGGUUCAGUCAGGCUGUGUCUUAAAUGAAGACAACUUCUCUAUGAGAUGUCCCGACCACAGGAACAAACCCUGUGUGAGCAGACAGCCCUUGAGAUGACCUCCCAGUCGUCCACAGCUUCAGUGAUGAGUGGACAGACUCAGGACUCCUCAGCUAUGCUCUUUUGUAACUUCAUGUAAAUGUGUCUAAUUGUGGUUAAAGGCUCGUCUGGUGAAAAGGUUUUUCACAUUAUAAUUAAACUGGCACAAUAUGUUCUCAUUAUCCGUUUGGUCAGUGUGGCGCAUUUCAAAAAAGCUAAAUGUUGUCCAAUACAAAACUACAUACAAAUAUACAAUACAAUACUACAUACAAAUAUUUAGCCUAUUCUUGAUAUUGUUCCCUGCAAUUUUCAACGUAGUUAAAGGAGCUGUACCUGAUUUUUACUGUCUUGAAAAUGUGAAAAACAGUUUGCAGUGGUCCAAAGUUAUUCCUCUCUUACCUCAUGCAUUCCGAGCAUCCUAAUUAUUCACUGCGAUGAGUUUAUAAGGACAUUUCACAACCCUAAGAGCCCAGUUCUGCCCUUACUGUGAAGCUAUUAGCAACUAGCAUGCUAACCCACACCUCCUGAUUAUGGGACAUUAAAGUGCUUUAUAGAAUUAGAUGUGGGCAGCAGACUUAUUUUGACCUCAAGAGCUGCUUAUACAAUAUAUCUGUACUUUUACUUAAUUAAAUUGGGGGAAAAAACAGGUACAAGCCCUUUAAGCACAGUUUAAUUAUUUCAGGUGUUUGGUGUCUUCUUCUGACAGUUGAAAGUGUGCCAUAUUGACCCACCUGUAGUAAAAUGUAAUGUAACUGGAAAAACGCUUUGAUUCAGUUUGGUUUGAGUUCUUGCCACACAACACAUUCACAUUGUAAUUCCACAACACUAUAACACAUAGAGCUUUAUUACAAUGUACAGUUGGUGGUUUGUAUGACGUGAGCCUUCCGACACUUUCUAGACUUUUGUACCACUUUUCUAGAGCGUUUCCACUUUUCACUGCUUAUUUUGUGCGUUACACUCUGGUCACUGUGAUGGACAAUGAUCAGAUAUUCAUAUAUGGGUAUAAAAGCGUACUGCAUCUGCUGAAUAUGACAGCAGUAGAAUUGAAAAGUAGUACUAGUAGUGGUAGUGGUGUUGAAAGAAAAUGCUAUCGUGUUGUAUUUGCAUGUCAGAGUACUUGGUAGAAUUAUAUAAUAAUUUCUGUUGAUGCAAUAGUUGUGACUACUCUUAUCAACAGAGCAGUGGUGGAAGGUAUUAGAGUACAAGAAAUAAAGGACUGUACUUAAGUAGGUAUUUAUACUUAAGUAAAUUUUACAGAGGUUUUACUUUUACGUCACUACAUUUGUGAGCAGUAUCUGGACUUUCUACUCCACUACAUUUUUUAAUUGGAUUGAAAAGUAAAACUUUUCAUAUGAUUUGAGGGGUUAUUUUUAUCAUGUUCGUGGAAACAUCCUGGCUAAAGUUUUCAAGUUCAAGCUUCAGCUUUGAGCAAUAAAAAUAAAUACACAAAAUUCAUAAGAAAAAUUAAGAAAUUGAUUUGUUUUGUUACUGUAAUCUAAAUAUGUAUUUUUAAAUUUGUUUAAUUUAUUAAAGUACAUUUUUAAACGGGUACUGAAAUACUUUUACUUAAGUAGAUUUUGUCAUGUGAUACUUUUACUUGAGUAAAUGUUCACCUCCAAAAUUGAGUACUUCACCCACCACUGCAAUAGAGUAAACAUUUAGUGUGUAUUCCAUUUUCAAAAGCAACAUCUAAAAGAAAAACCCUCAAUUAUACGGCUGUAAUGUUGUGAUGGUUUGUGAAAUCCAUCAAGUUUUUAAAACUGAAUUGUGUUGAAAAAAUGUAUAACUUAAAAAACUAAAACAACAACAUUUCCAUGGAAACAAGCAUAUAAAUUAUAAUUUAUUUAGGCCAAAAGCACCCACAUGUGGAUGUCUUUUUAUUGACCCAUCUCACUGACUGAAGUCUAUGGCACAGCUCCAGAGGCACAGGUCUGUCCUGCUUCUGUCCUGAUCAUGCAUGCACUUUACACGGCCCUCUCCACACACAAAGACAUCUGUUUAUUCAAAUGUAAUUAUGUUCUUCCUUUAAAUGUGUGUAUCCUUAUAUAUAAGAGAUUUCAUUUCAUGUUACAUAAGGCUGCAUCAUGUAAGAGUUUGAAAAGAGAAAAAGACUGGUUGCUCUAAAAUUAACGCCGUUAUAAUGUUAAUAUAUGGAUGGAAACUUUUUCAGUGCUUAUAAUGUUACGUUUCGUUUUCGUCUUUUGAAUAUAUCGCUAAUUAUUUCAACAGAGAUGUAAUGAUUUUAUUAUUUCAAUGCAAUAUAUGAGAUUGUAAUUUAAAUUGUAAGUAACACAGUUUGAAAUGUUAAAUAUUUCGAGUGGGAACAUCUGAGAGGUUUUACAAAAAUGAUGGCACUUUGUUUUCUUUUGUGAAACUACCAGUUUACUUUAGAUUUUAUAGAAUAGUUCCUCACUACUGAAGAGGACACUAUGUUUCACCUUUAAAAUGCCAGAGUAGUAUCAUUUUAUUUAUUUUCACAGAAUAAGAUACUUUAUACAAUAGAAUGUGGACAACGGAGGCUUCAAACGCAUGCAUAAGGCUCUAAUAAAACAGUGGGAAGAUCAUAUUUGUAGCUUAUGAGAGAGAUACAGAGUUGUACAACAAGUUUAACAGGAAAUGCCAUGUGGAAAAGUAGUAAUUCAGAAGCAGGCGUUUUGUUUAAAUAUCUCACCAUAGCCGUUAUAACUUUGUGUAAUAUGUUGUGUUCUCUUUGCCUUGUUACACUACUGUUUUUGCUCAUUUUUUUCAAUACUCAAACACUAUAUUUCUCCAUCUUGUAAAAUUAUUAUUGAUAAAAAGUUGCUUGUUGGAGCUUUAUCCUUCUCAUGUAUUUGUACUGUCUUUUGUAUCUCUGUGAAAAUGGUCCAUGUGUUUUUGGGAUUUGUCCUGUUAGAUAACUGCACAUUUUGUUCCCGAAAUCAUAAUUCACCUAAUUUAAGAAGACAUUAAAAUCACAAACUGG